UAUAACGUAGUUCCCGUGUGAUCAAGAAAAGCUGCCGUACUAUAAAUAUAGGUAGACUUCAUUUUCAAAACAUACGCUGCAACAACAAGAAAAAAGUCUGAACUGAAACUUUCUUGAAAUCUCUAUCACUUUCUUUCAGAUUCUUGGAAACUAAUUAAGGUAAAUUGAGCUUAAACAAGGGGUUACUUUUGAAAUUCAAGUGUUUUUGUCAAAAAUUAGAAGAUGGGAGACAAAUCUGAAUCAGCUGUGUCUGGUGUUGAAGUGAAGGAAAAGGUUAAAAAGGAGGAAAUGCAUUUGAAGGUGAAGAGCAAAGAUAAAGAACCGAAGGAUGAGAAAAAAGAGAAAGCUGAACUGGAACUUGAUUUGAAGACCAAAUCGGUAGAAAAGGAAAAACCGAAGAAGAAAGAGGAGAAAGAUAAGAAGCAGAAGAAGACGGAUGUUGAAGACGAGGAUGAUGAGAAGAAGGAGAAAGAGAAAGGGGAGAAGAAGAAGAGUAAAAAGAAGGGAAAGGAGGGCGAGGAGGAGUCGGAAGUAGACAAUGAAGCUGGAGAGAGUAAGAAGAAGGAUGAAAAGAAUGGUAAGCACAGUGAAGAGGUUGAGGAAAAGCAUAAGGAGAAGAAGAAGGAUAAGAAGGGGAAAGAAAAGGAGGUUAAGAAUGAAGAUGAAAAAUCGGAGAAAGAAACCGAAAAAGAGCAGGACAAAGGAAAGGAAGAAGAUGGCCAUAAAGAAGAGAAGAAAAGUAAAAAGAAAGACAAGGAGAAAGUAGUUGAGGAAGAUGAGAAGGAAGGCGGAGAGAAAGAAGAGAAGAAGAAAAAGAAAGAUAAGAAAAACAAAGAUGAAUUGGACGAGAAAGAAGAAGGUAAAGGUAAAGAAAUCAAAGAGAAGAAGAAAAAUAAGGAUGGGGAGAAGAAAGAUAAAAAGCUCAAAGAUGAAGUGGACGAGAAAGAAGAAGAUGGAGGUAAAGAGAAAGUAGAGAAGAAGAAGAAGGAUAAGAAGCACGAGGAUAAGGAUGGAGCGGAUGAAGAAGAUGCAGAUGAAGAUAAAGAAAAAAAAGAGAAGAAGAAAAACAAGGAUGGAGAGAAGAAAGAUAAGAAGAUCAAAGAUGAAGAGGACGAGAAAGAAGAAGGUGAUGAAGGUAAGGCGAAAGUAGAGAAGAAGAAGAAGAAGGAUAAGCACGAGGAUAAGGAUGGAGCAGAAAUUACAGUCGAAGGCGAAGGGGAGAAGAAAAAGAAAGAAAAGAAGGACAAGGAAGAUAAAAAGGAGAAGAAGGAAUCAAAAGAUGAAACCGACGAGUUGAAGAGUGGGAUUGAAGUGGCCUCCAGAGAGAUUAAAUUACAAUCCGAAGGGAAAGGAGAGGUGGAGGAGGAGCAAGGUAAGGCAAAGGAAGGUAAAGAGAAGAGUGAUAAGAAAAGAAAAAAGGGUGAAGAUGAUAAGACCAAGGGCAUUGGCAAUCUGAAAAAGCAAUUGGAGAAAAUUGAUGCAAAAAUUGAACCUCUCCUUGAGAAAAAAGCGGACAUUUUGAGGCAGAUGAAAGAAGCUGAGGAUGCAAAUUCUGUGGUUCCUGAGAAAGACAAAGUUGCACAAACAGCUGAUGCCAAAUAGCUACUGUAUGCAAGGCCUUUCCCUAUGCGGUUGUAAUAUAGCGUUUCCAUGAAUCUAUAUUCUCAUGUGAGUAUGAUCAUCUUUCCUGCUGUAAUAAAAAAGUUUUCUCUAGCACACUGAAAUACUAUGUUGUAGUUCAAUAUGGACAAAAAUGAAGUACUUUUGCAAUCAAUAAAGCAACUAUUACUGCUUC